AUGAAUAUUACAUCAGCUGCGGGGAUUAUAUCCCUGCUCGACGAGCCUAUGCACGAAGUUAAAGAAUUCGCUUUGAAGAGAUUAGACAACAUCGUCGAUGAGUUCUGGCCGGAGAUAUCAGAAUCUAUAGAAAAGAUCGAAAUCUUACACGAAGAUAAAGUAUUCUCACAACAUCAGUUGGCGGCUUUGGUGGCCAGCAAGGUAUAUUAUCAUUUAGGAGCCUUUGAAGAUUCCCUCACUUAUGCGCUAGGCGCUGGAGAUUUAUUUGAUGUGAAUGCAAGAAAUGAAUAUGUUGAUACAACAAUUGCAAAAGCUAUCGAUUUCUAUACACAAAAACGAAAGGCCCUUUUCGUGGAUAGUUCAGCAGAGACAAUUGAUCCCCGUUUGGAAGCGAUUGUCAACCGCAUGUUUCAGCGAUGCUUGGAGGAUGGACAGUAUCGACAAGCCCUUGGAUUGGCUUUGGAAACGCGACGUAUGGAUAUUUUUGAAGAGUCUAUUAUGAAAUCUGAUGAUAUAGCUGGAAUGCUUCAGUAUGCCUUCACAGUGGCAAUGAGUCUCCUUCAAAAUAGAGGUUUUCGUAGCACAGUCCUUCGCUCCUUGGUGGGCCUUUACAGGGGACUAAAUAUACCAGAUUAUGUCAAUAUGUGUCAGUGCCUCAUUUUUCUAGAAGAUCCUCUUUCAGUAGCUGAAAUUCUUGAUAAAUUAACACAUGGUCCUCAAGAAUCAGUACUAAUGGCUUAUCAAAUUGCCUUUGAUUUGUAUGACUCAGCUACUCAACAGUUCCUUGGUAGGGUGCUACAGGCCCUCAGAGUAACAGCACCAAUACCAAGUGCCCUUGGAGGAAAACCACAACCCCAAGGUGGACCUUUCCCAGAAUCCUCAAUGGAAGUGGACCAGGCCCCUACAGAGGAAACUAAAAAACCUGAAAGAGAUAUGGACAGUCUCACAGAUGAAGAAAAGGAACACCAACGGAGGGUAGAAAAAUUAAUAUCAAUAUUAGGAGGGGAUGUGUCCAUAGGCUUGCAAUUACAAUUUUUAAUAAGAUCUAAUCAUGCUGAUAUGUUAAUUCUAAAAAACACAAAGGAUGCUAUCAGAGUUUCAAUAUGUCACACAGCAACAGUCAUUGCUAAUGCUUUUAUGCAUGCAGGAACUACAAGUGAUCAGUUCUUAAGAGACAACUUGGAAUGGCUAGCGAGAGCUACAAAUUGGGCCAAGUUAACUGUGACAGCUUCAUUGGGAGUGAUACACCGAGGCCACGAGAAUGAAUCCUUGGCUCUCAUGCAGUCUUAUCUGCCGAAAGAAGCUGGUCCAUCUUCAGGAUACUCGGAAGGUGGUGGUCUUUAUGCCUUGGGAUUGAUUCAUGCUAAUCAUGGCGCUAAUAUCAUUGACUAUCUUUUAACACAACUAAAAGAUGCCCAAAAUGAGAUGGUGCGUCAUGGAGGAUGUCUCGGACUCGGUUUGGCCGCCAUGGGCACCCAUAGGCAAGAUGUUUAUGAGCAGCUGAAAUUUAAUCUGUACCAGGAUGAUGCCGUCACCGGGGAAGCGGCGGGUAUUGCCAUGGGUAUGGUAAUGUUAGGGUCGCGACACGCUGCUGCCAUCGAAGACAUGGUCGCUUAUGCUCAAGAAACUCAGCAUGAGAAAAUUCUACGAGGUCUGGCCGUAGGUAUUGCCUUCACCAUGUAUGGACGACUCGAGGAAGCCGAUGCCCUGGUACAGCAGUUGUUGAGAGACAAGGACCCGUUAUUGCGGCGGGCAGGAUGUUACACCAUCGCCACCGCCUACUGCGGUACUGGAAACAACGACUCUAUUCGUACACUCUUACACGUUGCUGUUUCUGACGUAAACGACGACGUGCGUCGCGCUGCUGUCACAGCUCUUGGCUUCUUACUGUUCAGAACACCCGAACAAUGCCCCUCUGUGGUAUCGCUCUUGGCUGAAUCUUACAAUCCUCAUGUUCGUUAUGGCGCUGCGAUGGCCUUGGGUAUAGCUUGCGCGGGGACAGGCAACCGUGAGGCCAUCGGUCUGUUAGAACCUAUGGUUAAGUUCGACCCCGUUAACUUCGUCAGACAAGGAGCGCUUAUUGCGUCUGCUAUGAUUUUAAUUCAACAAACUGAAGCACUUUGCCCGAAAGUUACAUACUUCCGUCAACUUUACGCUCAAGUCAUUUCAAACAAACACGAAGACGUUAUGGCGAAGUUCGGUGCCAUCCUUGCACAGGGAAUUAUCGACGCUGGAGGACGCAAUGUCACUGUGUCCUUACAAAAUAGAACCGGUCACAUGAACAUGCUGGCUGUGGUAGGUAUGUUAGUGUUCACGCAGUACUGGUACUGGUUCCCACUCGCCCACUGUCUGUCACUCGCGUUUACACCGACCUGUUUGAUUGCUCUAAAUUCGGACUUAAAAAUGCCACAACUUGAGCUGAAAUCAAACUCGAAGCCAUCACUUUAUGCUUAUCCAGCACCCUUGGAAGAAAAGAAACGUGAAGAGAGGGAGAGAGUUACCACUGCGGUAUUGAGUAUCGCAGCGGCCAGGGCCCGCAGACGCGCGCACGGCUCCGAGGGCUCCGCCAGCUCCAGCGUUACUUCCUCUACAACCUCAAAAAUGGACGUUGACGAAGAGGAAAAGAAGCCGUCAAAAUCGCCAAAUCCGAAUAUCACGGUUCAUGGGAAAUCCGAUAAAGAUGCUGGAACGUCUAAAGAGGUAAAAAAAGAGGAGAAGGAGGGAGAAGAAAAAGAUACGAAAGAAAAGAAAGAGCCCGAACCAAACUUUGAAAUUCUUAGUAAUCCAGCCAGAGUGAUGCGGCAACAGCUCAAGACUCUGUCCGUAGUCGACGGCUCCGGAUACUUGCCGCUGAAGGACGUAACUAUCGGAGGUAUAGUGAUGCUGAACCACUCCGGUGAUGAAGAGCAGGUACUUGUGGAGCCAGUGGCAGCCUUCGGGCCUAAAACUGAGGAGGAGAAGGAGCCAGAACCCCCAGAACCUUUUGAGUACUUAGAUGAU